AAUUUAAAUCGAUCAACCCUCAAUAUUUACGAAAUUAAUACAAACACAGCCGCAAAAUGACGGAUAAUUGUAAAAUAAAUAUUUCCUUAACGUUCGAAGUAUUGUUAUAUUUAAAUUCCUUUUAUUUCGGAUUAUUCCUGGCGUGCGAAGCGGGAAUGAACUUGGUAAAAUUCGUGAAUUUAAACGACCUGCAUCAUUUCUCCACUGAUCUAAUUGUUCUAAUGUUCGUUUGUUGCAUAGAAAUAUUCCGAAUUAUCGUUGCACGCAGUGCCAAUGUAAGCGAAAGAAAGUGGCUGAUAGUGGUAGUAAUUUUACUGACGAUACCGUCUGCGCUCGGAGUCGUAUAUUUAAUGGUGUUGCAGAACGAAGUACUCCGUUUUGAAUAUAUCAUAUGCUCAAUACAAUUGGGCCUGUGCACUAUUCAAAUAUUUACAGGAAUUCUGUGUCUCUUUCCCUGCUGUAAAGCUCCAGAAUACUAUUAAUAAGUGUCAGCGUAAAAGUUGUAUUUUAAGUGACAACAGACACUAGCCAAUUUGAAUAUAUUUAAUAGUUAUACAAUAAAGUAAAUUAUAAGAACCAUUAUUUAGAUUUUUAAGAGGUGUUUGUUCUUUACGUUUAAAGUUGGUUAAUACAAAUAAACUAUAGGAAUAAAUCCAGCGCUUUGAAUAAACCAGCACCGGUUUAAAUGUUUAGUAUAUUUGGUUGCCUCUAUUUUGGCGCCAAUUUUAUUACAUAAUUAAAAGCUUAAGGAUAAUUUAACGGAUGGAAAUGUAUGUGGUAUACUGUGUGCUAAUAAAAUUGAAAUAUUU